AUGUCUCUCGGCCAGCUGACGUCCAGCGAGUUGUUUGCCUGCGAGCCCACAGCGGCCCCAUCCCCGCCAGUCGCGGACACAUUCGCAACCACCGUGACCGAGACCUUCACCAAGGUAUGGUUGUACAGCGCGUGGGCAGCGUGUCCGACCUCAGAGUGGCCCGCAACCUACACGAUCGAGGAGAUCUGCACCGGCGACCCAGCCACCUGGGCCCAGCCGGCCGUCCCGCCUAAUUUCAUCAAGACGGUCAUCACCUGCGGCGUGUGCGUCGAGAAGACCCAGACCAUCACCUGCCCCGUCGAGGAGGCGGCCCGGACUGGCGACAUCAGGGUAUAUGGGAACGGCGUCACUGCCACGCCUGCUGCAGUUCCGGCACGACAGACUGGCCUGGGCAGUGGUCCCGGGGUGAACAGUAGUCCUGGGGAAAACGGAGCAGGAAGUGGCCCAGGGUCCGGUGCCCCAGCGCCCGGGGCGGGUGCUGGUAGUGCUUCGCACCCAGGAGUGGGUGCAGGAGGGGGCUCUCCGGCUGUUAUUCCAGUUCCAGUGCCCCAUAAUAACAAUGGCAACGCUGGGGCCAGACCACCGUCACCUGCGCCUGCUGGUGGCGAGGCGGCUGGUUCGUCUCCGACAACAGUGAUGCAUCAGUCAAAUGCCGGCACGGAUGCUGCGAGCUCGCCGCGUGUGACUGCCAGUGCAUCAAGCCGAAAGAGCUCCGUCCUGCUCCUUUCGGGGCUUUCAGCCCUCGCAUCCGGUUUAACCUUGUAUUAUUGA